AUGUCAUUCGCAGUACCAUUCAAGACUUCCAGUAAGCCGGCAAACAUUUUGGAUCGGAGUCUCAGUCGAGGAAAGACCGAGGCAAAUUUUGCGCUCUUUGCCCUGCUGUUUUCAGAAAUCGUCCAGUAUUCACAGAACCGCGUUGGCACCGUCGCAGACUUACACAAAAAAUUGGCGUCGCUUGGCAGUUUUGUCGGAUCGAAGCUGCUGGACGUCAUCGUUUUGCGUGAGAAAGGCUACAAAAGGGAGGUGAAACUGUUGUCGAUGCUGAUGUUCGUGAAGACCAAUCUAUUCAAGAACCUGUUUGGCAAGGAAGCGGACAAGUUGGAACGAAACAGCGAAAAUCCAUCCGUUUACUACAUAAUCGAACGUGAGCCACUGGUUAACACGUUCAUAUCGGUUCCUAAAGACAAAGGUAGUUUGAACUGUGCAGCGUUCGUUGGCGGCAUCGUCGAGUCGGUUCUAAGUUUAAGCAACUUCCCCUGCAAGGUGUCUACCGUUUGGCACAAUGGCACCACUUACGUCAUCGAAUUUGACGACGUGGUGAUGCGACGGGAAAAGUAA